GCAAAAAACAGAGCCAUUCACUACCUGCAUUACAUAGAACGCUAUGAAGACCACACAAUAUUCCAUGAUAUUUCUCUAAGAUUUAAAAGGACACAUAUCAGGAUGAAGAAACAACCCAGAGGUUACGGCCUGCACUGCCACAGGGCCAUCACCACCAUCUGCCGGCUCAUCGGCAUCAAAGACAUGUACGCCAAGGUCUCCGGGUCGGUCAACAUGCUCAACCUCACGCGGGGCCUCUUCCAUGCUCUCGCCACCCAGGAAACCCACCAACAGCUGGCAGAUAAGAAGGGACUGCAUGUUGUGGAGUUCCGGGAGGAGUGUGGCCCUCUGCCCAUUGUGGUCGCCUCCCCCCAAGGGGCCCUGAGGAAGGAUUCAGAGCCGGAAGAUGAGAUUCCAGACAUCAAACUGGACUGGGAAGAAGUGAAAGCCACGCAGGGAAUGAAGCGCUCUGUGUGGUCCAACUUGAAGAGAGGCGCCAUGUGACAUGUGAUCUGCUCUGGCCACCUGCAGCCAGCCCUGUGCUGUCCGGCACCUGGGAGAGCCCCGAGCCCUCACACCAUGGGGUGUGUCCUUUUUUUUUUUUU